AUGGAAAACAUACAACAAGUCCUAAAAUCGCAAGCUGCACUGGAAAAGUCCUUUAAUCAACGCUUAGACGAAUUUGAAGCAAGCCUCAUAGGGUCACCAAAAGAAAUGAACUUGAAAGAAUUGAGUUCUGAUUACAUCAACUUCAAGAAUUUUGUAUGUUCGACAUUUACAUUCCUGCGGCAGCAAAUUAACCAGUUACUUGCUAACGUAGACUCCAUUGAGAGUAGACAUAGAAGAAAGUUCUUGCUGAUUGGAGGUGUGCCCGAAGAAGAAAAUAAGAAUGUUCGAGAAUUAGCUGUCUCUGUCUUCACGAAGAAUCUCGGCAUCAAUAACUGCACUGGUCAAUCCCUGCAAGUAUGUCACCGUCGUCCCCGUCCCAUUCUCGUAAAGUUUGAAGAUAGUGCAGUCCGUCGAGAAGUGUGGUCCAAAAAGACAUUGCUCAAAGGCAGCCCCUACAUGGUGUCUGAAUAUUUAACACGUAUGAGGCAAUCACUUUUCUUAGAGGCUCGCAGACUCUUUGGAAUCAGAAAUGUGUGGACUCUAGACGGAGUGAUUAAUGUCAAGCUUCCUGGAGGAUCCCGCGCCAAAGUGUUCUCAAACAAUGAUUUGCAAGAGCUGACCGCCCAACACAAGGCUGAAGUUGAACCGGUCACCAUGCUUCCUGUCUCGGGAACCAGCUCCAAAAGAGAAGGGCCUAAGGCCAGGUCAGCUACUUCGAAACGCACGAUCAGUAAGAAGGUG